CCCUCCCCCUCUGCCCGCCCCCAUGGGUGGUACCCGGCUGCGGAGGGGUGCCCUGUGCUCCGAGCCGGCCGGCCAGUCUUUCAGCGGCUUUCCGCGGUUGGAGCUGCGGGACUCUUCGGGGUGGGACUCACUCCCCUUUCGCAGAGGGAAAAAAAACGACUGAAGAAGUUGCUUCCUAUGAAGAGUAAAAGUACUUGAUUCGGAGAAAACUCUUAAAGCACUUCUAACUUCAAAGCUGGAGAAAAGCAUGAGGGAACAAUCCAUCUGACUCAGCAUCUCACACAGAACACAAAAUGGCUCUUCAAAAGAAAACUAUUGCUGGUGUCUUGGAGGAGUGGUGUUUGGAGGAACCGCUAUUCGGUUGCAGAUGGCACCAGAAUGUUAGGAAAAAACUGAGACUGGUACGAAUUAUAGGCCUUCUUGUCAGUGUAGUGGCCAUGAGCACUUUCUCUCUUUCAAUUAGUGCCUUUUUCAAGAUGGAACCACAUAGCAUGGCAUUGGCCAGCAGCCUAGAUAGCCAAAAACUGGUGCACGGGCACCAAAGAACUCUGUUGGAUUUCACGGAACAGAAUGAAAACGGCAGUCCAGACCCAUACACUGCUAUGAAAUAUGAAGCUGAACAUGACAAUGCAACAGAUGGUCAUGCCAAGGGAGAGUACCCCAAGGACCUUUUCUCUCUUGAGGAGAGAAGGAAGGGAGCAGUGAUCCUCCAUGUAAUUGGAAUGAUUUACAUGUUUAUAGCCUUAGCCAUAGUCUGCGAUGAGUUCUUUGUUCCUUCCUUGACUGUCAUCACAGAAAAACUGACUAUAUCUGAUGAUGUGGCAGGGGCAACCUUCAUGGCUGCUGGUGGGUCAGCUCCAGAACUGUUCACUUCUUUAAUAGGAGUGUUUAUAUCCCACAGCAAUGUUGGCAUUGGUACAAUAGUGGGAUCUGCUGUCUUCAAUAUUCUGUUUGUUAUUGGAAUGUGUGCUUUAUUUUCUAGAGAGAUCUUGAACCUUACUUGGUGGCCACUCUUUCGAGAUGUGUCCUUUUACAUCGUUGACUUGAUCUUGCUAAUCAUCUUUUUUCUGGAUAACUUGAUCAUAUGGUGGGAAAGCUUAACACUCCUGACAGCAUAUUUUUGCUAUGUGACUUUCAUGAAGUUCAACGUUCAAGUGGAAGAAUGGGUGAAGAAGUUUUUAAACAGGAACAAGGUUGAGAAGGUAACAGCAGCAGAUGCUGAAGGAAAGUCACCUAAUGCUGGCGACAAGGAUGACCAAACACUAACGACCAAGCCACGGCUCCAGCGGGGAGGAAGCUCUGCAUCUCUCCACAACAGCCUAAUGAGGAACAGCAUCUUCCAGCUCAUGAUUCACACACUCGACCCUCUUGCUGAAGAGCUUGGAUCAUAUGGAAACCUAAAAUAUUAUGACACAAUGACUGAAGAAGGAAAGUUCAAGGAAAGGGCCUCAAUUCUGCAUAAGAUUGCCAAAAAGAAGUGCCAGGUGGAAGACAGUGAAAGGCAGAAUGGAGCUGUUAAUCAUGAAAAAAGUGCAAAAGUGGAAGUUGCAGUAACACCACCGAGUGAUUCAGGACCAGUGCAGAAUGGAAUCGCACAUAAUGUUGAAGAAGAGAAUGAAGAGGAUGAGGACCAGCCUCUUAGCCUGGCCUGGCCUGACACCCCACGCAAGCAGCUCACCUACCUUCUUGUGUUACCCAUUGUUUUUCCACUGUGGGUUUCACUCCCGGAUGUCAGAAAACCUAAGUCAAGAAAAUUUUUUCCUAUCACAUUUUUUGGUUCUAUCAGCUGGAUUGCAUUUUUUUCUUACUUAAUGGUCUGGUGGGCACAUCAGGUUGGAGAGACCAUUGGUAUUAGUGAAGAAAUCAUGGGACUGACUAUUCUAGCUGCUGGCACAUCCAUUCCUGAUCUUAUUACCAGUGUUAUUGUCGCCCGUAAAGGUCUGGGCGACAUGGCUGUAUCCAGUUCUGUUGGAAGCAACAUAUUUGACAUCACAGUGGGCCUUCCUCUUCCGUGGCUCCUGUAUGCUGUCAUUAACAGCUUUGCCCCGGUGACAGUCAGCAGCAAUGGUCUGUUCUGUGCGAUUGUCCUCCUCUUCAUCAUGCUGCUCUUUGUCAUCCUCUCGAUUGCUUUCUGCAAGUGGAGGAUGAAUAAAAUCCUGGGCUUUCUCAUGUUUGGGCUUUAUUUUGUGUUCCUGAUUGUCAGUGUCCUCCUGGAGGACAAAGUGAUCCGGUGUCCUGUCUCCAUUUAGUGAAAAAUGCUGUUUCAAGAAAAAAAAAAAAUCAAACCCAAAAAACAAACAAACAAACAAACAAACAAAGAAGAAAAAUAAAAAGAAAAAAAAAACCAAAGUAAACAACCAAAACCAAACCAAAUCAAAAAAACAAAACCACAACAAAACCAAAAACACAAAACAAAACAAAACAAAACAAAACCACCCUCCCUUCCCCCAAACCCAUAUAUAUUUAUUUAAAUAUAUAUAGACUUCAACAUGAAACAGCAAAAAACCACAAUGGAAAUCUUCUAUGAGAAUAGCCCAUGGAUUUGUAAAUUUCCUCUCACUCAAUUUUAAAAGAAAGAAAAAAAGAACGGGAUAUAAAGGGUGGAUCCCAGAGCUGAAGAAUGACUGCUGCUGGACAGUCCAAUCACCUUCAAAGGACUGAGUCCGGCUGCGCUGAGGUUUUCUUUGCUGCAGAGCAUCCUCGCCACUCAGAACCGGAGAUGCUGCUCAUGCAUGGAAACAGUGAAUGCUGCUGCUUCUCCUAUGAGUAUGUACCUAUCCACAGAAUUCUCAUUCUCUGUAGUAGUAUACGCAGAUACACAGUGUGCCCAGUUUUCAAAGCUCUGAUCUUGUAAGGAGAACGUUAAUACUAACUUUGUGGAGGCAUGACCCCCACACGCACCCUGGGGUGGGGGUUUUCUGAUAAUCUGCUGAAACUCCUGAGUGGAAAGCAAUCACCGAGCGCGUGAGCUGCAGACAGGGGAGAGCUUGCACGUCUCUUCCUAGAAGUGGGUUUAUAUGAUGUGGUUUCAGCAAAGCCAGGGUAUUUGUAAAUAGUUUCUUCCUCUGUAUAGCAGGUCCGUAAAGGCAAUUAGCAGGAUGUUAAUGGUGGUUAAUUACAUCUUGCAAAACUCUUCAGAUUCCAGAAACUCUUACUCUGGCACUGAAGGGGCCACACUGCCUGGGCCUGGCCAUUUUGUGAUUAGUGCUGUAACUUGUGCAUUUUUUUAACUGCAUUCAACGCAAUGCAGUGGCAAAGACGAGAAUGGGGAUACUCUGUCUUUAAUAGCUACGCAACAUGCAGACAUCAUACAGCUACUGUGUGAACACAUCAUUUUUUCUAAUGCAGCAAUACAAGCAAUAACAAUAUUCAGAUGCUGUUAUCAUAAUGAGUUUGCCUUUACAUGCCAGAAGAAAAAGGUUAAUUUGCUUAUGCGUAGUAUUUCAUACAGAAAAUAGAAGUAGUUGAAAGUGGCAGCCUAAUUGCUGAAGUAGAUAUAUGUUUUACAGGCUUUCACUAUUACUUGGAGUGUAAGGACCUUCACAGCUACAUACAGUUAUUGCUGGAAGAGAUUCCCAGCUGAUGUACAAAGCUGGGACAGUUCAAAUUUGCUCUUACAAAUCUUGAAACUAGGUAGGAGAAACUAACAAUUUAAAUAUAGUGGAACUGCAGGAAACAUACAUCUUUUUUUUUUUUUUUAGUAUUGCUGAAAGUGUGAGUGUCUAAAGAAGCCAAGGAAGGAGUGAAAAUGCAAUAUUAUUUUACUGAAAUGCUGAGAGAAGGAGGAGGUCCCAACCUCAAACAAAAAAACAUAAGAAGGGAGAAAGUGACAAAGUGUUUAACUUUCCUGUAGUUUGGAUGAUUUUAAAAACAAAACAAAACCAAAAAAAAAAAAAAAAAGGACUGAAAUAGGUGUUAUGAAAAUAUUUGUGAUGUUCAUCAUUUGUUUGUUCAAGUCUUAUGUGCAGUUAGAGUUCAUGAAAUUUCAGUGCAUUUCUGUGACCUGAUUCAGCAUUGCUUUGUAUUCAUAUUGUGCUCACAAUGGCAAUGCCAUGCUCACAGCUGUGUAACAGAAGGCUCAGCACAUUUUGUCUUAUCUGUUUUUCUGUGUUCCAUUCUGUUUGCUUCUCACUCAUCUCCUUUGUCCUUUACUGUUUUCCUGUUACAUGUGUUUGUAUGUAACAGUAUCUGGUUAGAGUGAGGACUUGACAGAAAACAAUGGUAGAGAAAACAGUAAAGAAAUACAUCCUAAAAUUACUAAAUUGUUAAUACCAUGUGAAUCAUGAAAAAAAAAUUAAAAAAGUAACAUAGCAAGAAAACUAGGAGUUACAAUGUCUGCUACUCAUGUCUUGUCCUGACUUAUCAAGUCCUAGUUACAUUCAGAAUCAGUAUUUGAUCUUAACCAUACAUUUGCAACAACUCUUCUUCUUAGUGCUUGUUAGUGUGACCUUCUCUCAUCGUGAGCAAAAAUUUGUGUAUUUAAGAUCUUUCCUUGCUCCAGAAUCCUUACCUGUCUUAACGAUAGUGCUGUCCACCUCUUAACAUUUAUUUCUGCGGGUGUACACGAUGGAAAGAUUGAGGGGACGGUGUAUAGAUCCACACCUCUCUCUCUCUCUCUCUCUCUAUCUCUCUCUCUCUCUAUCUGUCUAUCUAUCUAUCUAUCUACAGUGCCCUCUACUGACUAGAACAGCAAUCUUGCAAAAGCAACUCUAACCCAAAUUCUGACCUCAAAUGAAACAGGUGUCCCAAAAAUACAGAGCUGACUCCGCAGUAUAAUCUGUUCCAGAGGAGUCACUAAAUGCUUUUAUUUCUGAUGACAGAGCUCAGAACAGGCGAUCCUUUCCCAAGUGGGCAAAACAAGACAGAGCAAUCUGAAAAAGCGUGUGCAGGAUCAUGGUAGUUCUGUGUAUGUGGGUGCUUACAAUAAACUAAGAUGCCCAGAUUCGCUGGUCUGACAUUUCAAAUCAAGAAACCAGGGAAGGGCAAGAGUAUGGGCAAGAGUAUGAGCUCUGUUCAGUACAUUACUCUUUUUCUGUUUUGAGUUGGGUUGGGGUUUUGGGUUUUGGUUUUUGGGUUUUUGUUUUUUUUUUUUUUUUUUUUUUUUGGUUGUGGUUUUUUUUUUGGUUUUUGGGGGGUUUUUUUGUUUUUUUUUUUUUGGUUGGAGGUUUUUUUAUGACUUCAUGGCCAGCAUGGGGUAACUCCCAUACUGGAAAGGAAACAGCCCUCCCUGACCUUGAGAGCCGUAAGAACACACUGGUGCAUUCUGCAAAAUGAAGGCAGCAGCAGCAGAGAUUACUGCCCCACUGAGGGCAGGUAGGGAGAAAAGAGUAACCAGUGGAAAGCCCUAAACACUGGGAAUAUUUCAGUCUGAAGCCGGCAUCAACAGCUUGAAAGAAGAAUUUUAUGUGUACGGCUACGGGCUGGUGUCCUGUAAUGGCAUUUAUAUAGUGUCUUAAAAUAUAUCUGAUUAAUUUUUUUCCUAUGUCCAUUUGCCCAUAUCAACAUAUUUAUUUUGGAAGGUGUUAAAAGUAACUUUUUCCCCUCAGGAAUGAGACACCUCACAGCUCUCACUGCCUUGCAUCUGUUGGGCAGAUCAUUAUUCAGAUGGCUGAAUAACUAUACUGUCAGUAGCAGCUCAGCUCCAGAGGUUAUAGGAUUGAUUUCAGUUGUGUGGUGCUUUCUGUGGAGGCUGGCUGUGAAAGCUGGUUAUACUUACCAAGGCAGCUUUCUACAUAACUGCUGGGGUAAACUGUUUCAGGAUGCUUGCAUGCUGUUGUGCUCUAUGAUAACAAGGUAACAGCUAUACUGGUAAAGAGAGGAAUGGGCUGGAGGGAGAAGCACGGCCCCUUAUCCCAUAUAGGAGGAGUCUGAAAAUCUUAACCUGGAGUGCUGAGAGAACAGACAAGAGCUGCUGCAGCCAAAUGACUGGAAGUCUAUAAGCUCUGCAGGCUCAACACUGCCAAAAGUGCACACCACGUGUUAGGAAACUUCUAUUUUACAAUGACAGAUUUCCCAGCAUAACAUGUUUCUUACUGUUCAUAACUGUUUCAGUGUGGGAUCCAUGAACAUUUCUCAACGUUGUACACUUUGAAUUCAAAAUUAAAUUUCUGUUUCUUCAGUUAAAGUUCUGAAUGACUUCACUAGGUCCCACAAACUGCCUAAAUUCUACAAUGAGUUGAUCAGCAUUGAAGGCUCUUCCAUCUGCUUGUAUGUCUGUGCUCAUUUAUUCAACUGAUACUGUUGUCUACAUAAUCCUUAUGAAGCAUAAAUGAAUAAUUAAUACAGAAAUUGGUGUUAUGGUCAAGAUCCUGUUCUAGCCUAGUGCUUUCAGGGCAACACCAGUUUGGCAACACAGCAAGUAAGAUAAGAAUGCAAAUUCAGGUUAAAUAGCCAACUCUGUGGCACUAUAACACCUGCACAGAACCAAAUUUGGACAUGGUUUUUGGAAGGGAUUUCCAGUAGCAUUUGGGUAGGAUUGUGGGUCAGAUUGCAACCUGUUUUAAAGAUUUGCUGCACUAACUUCAUUGGAAUUGAUGAAGAAAAUAGCCCUGGCUGUACAAAAUACCACUGGAGUCUGACAAGUACUUGCAGUUUUCCACUAAAAAAAAAAAAAGGAAAAAAAAAAAAAUAGCUGACUUCUCUCUCCAGAAGCCACCAUGGUCAAAUCUGUAGGGUAAAUGCUGUAAAACUGCGAUAAAGAGAGUGAUAUGAGGAUGAUCUCCUCAAGAACAGGGUUCUUAUAUAGACAUGGCAAAAUCUUUCAGCAAGGCUCAGUAUAGUUUAGAUUAACUACUUUACUGAAAGCUAGUGCUUUCUUGUAGUGCAGACAGGCUCUCUGAGUCUGUAUGCCUCUGCUUAUUCAUUCCAUUGAUGUGGCUUUCUGCAUAACCAUGAAGCAUAAAGCAUGGUGAGUGACAAAGCAGCUUAUCUAGAUGCCCUUUGAUGUUCGUAAUGGCAAUGAACCUACCUUGUAAUUUCCUAAUAUGCUACUCUGAAGUAGUUUAUGGUCGUUGUCACUUAUGGUACUGUUGUGUGUGGAUAUGAAGGUCCACAAUGCAGUAGGUUAAAUGUGAUUAAUCCAAGUACUGUAUAAAAUUAGUAGAUGCUUAGAAAUAUUCUUAGUGUUUGGGUGUUUUUUAAGGGAUUAUUUCUCUGGUUGUCUCUCAUUACGUGUUUUGCGAAAACGGGGAUAUACAACAUUUUUAAAUUAUUCUUCUUUCAGCAGUAAUUCCUCAAAAUAGCAUCUUGUGGUCCAUAUAAAUUGUGUUUUGAAUCAAACAUGAGUCUGUAUCAGGUAGAUUUAUUUCAUUUAUAGCAAAGAAAUAAUCCCUUCUCCAACAACUGGCCCACCGAUAUCCCAAAGAUUUCUGCCAUUGACUUGGGAAGAUACAGAUUUUUAUUUUAGGAUUCCGUAUUUCAUAAAUGCAUUUGCAUAACAAACAUAAUUGUCCUGGGAGCUAUGAACAAACAGAAAAAUUGGAUUCACUUGUAUUCUUGGAAACCAUUUUAUCUCUUGUAAAUAACAAUGACAGAACUAACUGAGAAGGAGGCAUAGUUAGUUCCUUUAAGUAGGUGAUUCUUGUUUUCCUGCUAUUCCUGGGAAGUUUGAUGCAAUAACUUGCAGCUCGAAAAAGUGAUUUUGAGAUUAGCAAAUGGGAUAGCCUGCACUCGGCAGUGUGGAGAAGAGUCCUGCUCCAGCCCUACAACACUUCUGAUUGAUGUUAAAAUGAUCCUUCUUGGAUCUGUUGCCAUCAGUUACAGGAAUAUCAGUAUUGAGAUAUCUAUCUGUCAUUUACAUCGGGACUGGGAGAGUAACUUUUCCAGAUUGAAGUUAUCCAAUUCAGUGCCCCCAUCAGAUACAGAGGUCAUAUAUGGAUCACAGCACUGUAGUCCAGACAAGUCAUCCUGUGGAUCUGCUGUUGCUAGUUGUGAAGUGUGUGGCAUUUCAGGACUUGUCUGCCUGGAUGGGUGCAGAUAGUUUGCGUGUUCUCCUGCCCGUGCUCUUGCCUGGCUGGACGUAAGCCAUGUGUUCUCCAAAAGCCACAUAACCACAUUAGCGUGGCCCUGAGCCCAUGCUCCCAGCCAGCCAGGUAAGCCCCAGCCUAGAAGCCACUUGAAGCAUGGGUAGGUGAGGCACACAACUGGCCACAUUAUUCUUACAGGAGCCAUAUGUGGCCCGGGACCAGACUGAAUAAGAAAUAAUACAAUUCAAGAUCGGUAAAUGAACUCUCAUGUAGAUUUAUUAUAAAUUCACUGCUCAUCAAACACAAAACUAAUCCAAACAAAUUUUUAUGUGUUUUUAAAGAUCUUGCACUUUACUAUUUUUUUUUAUUUAUUUUGUGUCACAUAGUUGUCUUAACGCAAAAAGAAGCCAUAAAAAACCCAGAAGACUAGUAUCGGGUUUCUAAAUAAGGGGAUCAUUAAUUUUAAAGUAAAGAAUCAAUUUCACAUCUCUGUUAAGGUAUAAUGUAAAAUAAUGUCAAAUAAAUGUACAGUAAAGCAGGAUCUGGUUUCGCCUUAGUGAAGCUGUGAGUAAGUUGGGGAGUUUGCUCAUACUCUUGAGCUUCCUUGUGGGACUGUACAAAAUACUGCACACUGCCUUUGCAGCAGGGGAUCAAUCCUUGUUCACCCCAGAAGAAGGAACAUAAUGCUUGCAGAGUCAGGCCCAAUGAAGCAAUUAAAUCAUGCUGUUACUCUAAUACUUUCUUCCACUGAGACCACAGUAAAGGAAGCUGCUCAUAUUUUAGUACGUUUAUAAGACAUGAGUUAUUUCUGUCAUACCUGUUUUACGAAAGAAUUAGAGUUUUCAGGGUCAGGCUAUCCAACAGAAAUUAACCAUUUCUUUUAAUCCCCCAUAAAAAUUAAGUAAUGCCAAAGGGGUUUUUCUUGCUUUUGUGUUUAUUUCCAUUAUUGAGAUCUCUGUUACACAGUUUUGAUUUUGCAAUCCUGACACUGAGGAGUUGGCUCACAUGAGCAGAAAUUAUUUCUCUCACUUAAAAUGGCAAGAUCAGGCCACUGUAUUGUCGUGAAAAUAAUAGUAGUGUGUUGUAACUGACAAUCAGAUGCUAUUUUUAUAAAAAAGCUUUUUUAGCUUGCUCCAAUUCGUAGUUUUCAUACUCUUUUAUCUCCCAUUUUCAAGUCACUGUAAAAAAAAUCUGAAUAUGUCCCCCAUCCUACUCAUUUCAAACUUGAAAAAGAAACAUUGCCAUGGAAGCCAGUCCAGGCCCCUGAAAAUUACAGGGUUUUUUCUCAUGUGUUUAUGUGUAUGGAUCAUUACCCACUAAAUGAAACUCUUGUAUCUCUGAAUCAGUAUAUUCUCUGUGAAUGUAAGUUUGUAUAUAGUAUGAAAGUUACCUUUAUUUGUACAUAGGCUUUCGGAAAUAAUCCCUUCUGUCAAAGGUUUUACUUCACUGUAUCUACAGAAUGUUUCUCUGUGGUGUGUAUACUUUCUCACCUUAUGAUACUGAUACAGAACUCUUCAUAUAGAUCACUAUGUAAUUGAAUUGUUUGUUUAAGUGUGAGUAAUAGUGACAAGAAUAAAUAUUAAUAAAAAGACUUACCAGUGUGUAA